AUGCUUGGGAACUUGGUGGCAUGUGCUAUGAGCCAAGACGAUGCAAACAACGACACUGAUGAACCAAGAACAGUUUUUCUUGGGCAUGUCGUAGGCGAAAAAAGCUAUGUGCCGAGGCAGACCUUUUCUCUAUCAACUUCUUCAUUUCAAACUGUUAGAAAGGCAAUAGAAUCUUUGCCAGUCCAAGCCGUGCCCUCUUCGGCAUUUCAACAGCUCCAUCUCCAAAAAUUGGCUGAAUCUCAAGGCCAUCAACUGAACACUAGCUCAACAAGUGGCUCUUGGAUGUGGAACCCUACUCAACCGGCUCAAGAAGACGAUGAUUCAUGGGAAGUAAGAGCCUUCGCAGAAGACACAGGUAACAUCGACGGCACCACUUGGCCACCACGAUUUUACAAUUGCACCUUUUGUAGAAGGGAAUUCAAGUCAGCCCAAGCCCUAGGCGGCCAUAUGAAUGUCCACCGCCGUGACCGUGCUCGGCUCCACCAAACGCCGCCUGGUUUGAAUAAACCCACCACCUCUCCUUCCACCGCUUCUUCCAGUGUCCUUAACCCAGAUCAAAAAAUCGUCACUAAUGGUGGACUGUGCGUUCUUUACUCGUUACCUAACCAUAAUGGCGUCUUCAUUCCUACAAUGAUGACUACGUGUAUGGACUCUCCAUCCAAUCUUAUUUCUCUUUCAUCCCACUCUAGGACUAAGUUGAUGUUAGCAUCCUCUCCUGUAAAUCUUCCGGUGACGCCUCAAAGCUUCAGUUCCUCUCUCUGUCACUCUAGCAACACUGAACCAUCACCAUCUGUAACUAAUGAUAAUCAGCAGGACAAUAACAACAGGGAGAAGGAUUUCGCCAUUGAAGAGCUUGAUCUAGAGCUUCGUCUAGGGCUUAGGUCACCAGUCCAUUGAGUAUGACCUUGUUGUGCUUUCUGCGAGAAUGAGCGCCCGGUGUACUGUGUAAGAUACAGAUCAAUUGUUUCAUUCACUUGUGUGAGAUUUUUUUUUUUGGAUACAUGGGUUUAUUAUUUGAUGGGUGUGGUGAUUCAGAGAGCAUUAACUGAAGUUUAUUAACAAUUCA